AUGGAUAAAGAGAAGAAAAUAUGGCUCAAGAGAGUGUUUGGAUAUUAUGGAGGUACAUGUUUUUUAAUCAUUAAUAUAAUUGGUGUGGGGAUUUUUGUGUCCCCUAAAGGGGUGUUGAAGUACUUUUGUAAGAAUGUGGGGCUCUCCCUGUGUAUUUGGGCUGCCUGUGCUAUAUCGGCCAAGAUGACCACUCUCUGCUCUGCAGAGAUAGGUAUAACCUUCCCAUGCAGUGGAGCUCACAACUAUUUUCUCAAGAGAUGCUUUGGCUCCUUGAUCACUUACCCAAAUGUCUGGAUAUCUUUGUUUUUGGAGCCAGGGGUAGCAGCUAGCCAGGCCCUGCUCCUCGCUGAGUAUAGCAUCCAGCCUUUUUAUCCCAGCUGCUCUGCCCCAAAGCUGCCAAAGAAAUGCCUGGUGCUGGCUGUGUUGUGGACUGUGGGAAUUCUGAAUUCUCGUGGUGUGAAAGAAAUGACUUGGCUUCAGCAGCUAGCUAGCACAGUGCUGAAAAUGGCUAUACUUGGCCUCAUUUCUCCAAGUGGAGUUGUGUUGCUGGUGACAGGGAGGAAGGAGAAUGCAGAAAGGUUUCAAAACUCUUUUGAUGCUGAAUUUCCAGAUGCUUCCCAGUUGAUAGAAGCCAUCUUUCAAGGAUAUUUUACAUAUUCAGGGGAGCUGAAGAAACCCAGCACGACAGUUCUCAAAUGCGUAUUUACUGCACUGCCUCUGGUUACUCUGGUUUUUUUACCGGUUAACAUUUUUUCCUGCCUGACUGUUCUGAUGCCCAGGGAAAUUCUCUCUUCAGAUAUUGUGGCUAUCACAUGAACUAAUUGAGUUAUUCCCUUGUUAACAUGGCUUAUUCCUUUUACUAUUUCUGCCUCAUUAUUUAGCAAUCUUUUGAUUAAUGUAUUUGAAUUAUCAAGAGUGAAAUAUAUUGCAAGCCAACAGGGCCAUCUGCCUUUGUUAUUUAAUACACUUAAUAUUCACUCUGUGCCAUUUAUAUCUGUGCUAUUUCAUGUAAUUGUGGCAUCCAUUGUAAUUAUCUUAAUAAACCUAAUUGAUUUGAUAAACUCUUAUUUUUUAAUUUCUUUUUGGUCUGCUUUAUCAAUGGUAGGAAUACUAAAACUGAGAUACCAGGAACUUAGACCUUAUAAGGUGUUUUUGCAGUUUGCGUUGGUACCUGUGCUGGUUUUGAUAACUUUGGUAAAGUCUCCACAUAUGCAUUAUUAUGUGUUUCUCUUUGUUUUCAGUGGACUGCUGUUUUACAUACCUUUAACAUAUUUUAAAUUGAAGUUGGUUUGGUUUGAAAAGAUGACUUGCUAUUUACAAUUACUAUUCAAUAUUUGCCUCCCUGAUGAGUCUGAUGAACAUAUGCCGUAA